AUGAGAGUGGAGAAUGUCCGUGUGGAAAGUAUCCACCUCCAGUAUGAAAUACUCAUGCAGAGAUUUACCAAAUCUGAGGCACUGAGGAAUUCGCAUAAUUUUAAUCGCAAUUCAGCUGGGAAAUUAAUGAUAUUUCGUUGUGCUGGACCAACCUCUUUUCGCCAGCACGCUCUUACACCAAUCCAUGGUGUUUGCUUGACAAUUCAGUGUACAGCCGGUGUCACCCUUUCUUUUCUGCUUUUAAAUGGGCAGCAUUACGCAGAAGGUCACUUCAACAGCAAUAAGGAUUUGGAUGGGUGGUGGACUGGAUUUAUGCGCUUUAUAUGGACAUCUAAAAAUACAAGAACAUUUAAUUCUCCUCUAAAGUUCCCUAUUUUUUGGUUCACAACAAAUUGUGAAUUCACUGAAUCAGAUAAAUGUAAAGUGUUACAAUUAGGUUUCACAAGCUCUCUCCACAAUCUAAAAAUAAUAUUGGGUAUAGCAAGACAAGCUCCUAUUCUUGCAAAUCUAAAUUUUAAUUAUUUUAAUUUUUACAAAAUUGGUAAAAGCGAUAAAACAAUUCUCAUUACAAACAGUUUAUCAUUCUUUCCACAUCAAAUAACCCAUGUACGUCUUUGGCGGCAUAUACGAAGAAAUGAGCCUCGUGUUUGGUGUGGUAGGUGGGGUUUGUUUGCCAUUUGUAUUAAUGUGCCUAGGAUUUUGGUUAAUGUUUGGAGAUUUUAA